AAACAAACAAAUUCUGUUGUCAAGAAAAAACCUUCCCAAUAUGUUGGAGGUAACAAUAAUAAACAAGACAAUCUCCGUUUUAAUUGGAUUCUCUUUGAAAUAAAGCAAUUCCUGUAAACCAGCGAGUAAUUAAAUUACGUGCCAAUCUCGUCACGCACGCGUCAAAUUUGACAUUUGUUCAUUGAAGUUUGAGGUUUCGGUAAAAAUUGUUUACAAACGGGGCUCAAAAGACACCCAGUUUAUUUAGACUUUGAGUACCUUCGGUUGUGUUUAGUAAAUUUACAGUAAUGUGGGUGUUAUUUGUUGUGUAAGUGACAAAGUGUCAAAAUCCGGCCCUGAUAAAAAAUCUAAGAUGGUUGUUAAAAUCCAGAUGAAACGCAACGUUCGGAUCCUCCUAGUUGGUGAUCGCGGUGUUGGCAAAACUUCGUUAAUCCUCUCAUUAGUCAGCGAAGAGUUUCCGGAAAAUGUCCCAAGCAAAGCGGAGGAAAUUACAAUCCCGGCCGAUGUCACCCCAGAGCAAGUCCCCACGAAUAUCGUCGAUUAUUCAGCGGCGGAACAAAGCGAGGAACAACUAAAUGAGCAAAUUAAGAAAGCCAACGUUAUUUGUGUUGUUUACGCCGUGGAUGAUGAUGACAGUAUUGACAGAAUUUCCUCUCAUUGGAUGCCCCUUAUCCGGCAAAACCACCCAGACAAACCCUGCCCUGUGGUCCUUGUGGGGAACAAAAUCGACCUUGUGGACUAUUCAACAAUUGACGGAGUUUUCCAAGUUAUGGAUGAAUUUUCAGAAAUCGAAACUUGUAUAGAGUGUUCAGCGAAAACCCUGAAAAAUAUCUCGGAAAUGUUUUACUAUGCACAGAAAGCGGUGCUUCAUCCAACGCCUCCUAUUUAUUCUGUUGAAAAGGCCGACCUGACUGAAGCAUGCAAAAAAGCUUUAAUUCGGAUAUUCAAAAUCUGCGAUAUUGACUGUGACGGCCUUUUGAAUGACAUUGAACUGAAUAAUUUUCAAAGUCGGUGUUUUAAUGCCCCUUUACAACCUCAAGUCCUUGAUGAUGUCAAAGCCGUCUUGAGAAAGAAUAUAGACGAUGGCGUCAGUCAUAAUUGCGUUACAUUGAAGGGCUUCUUGUAUUUACACACACUUUUCAUACAAAGGGGGCGCAAUGAGACAACUUGGACCGUUUUAAGGAAGUUUGGUUAUAAUGACAACUUAAAUAUGUGUAAAGAAUAUUUAUUUCCAAAUCUGAAGGUACCAUCAGGUUGUACCACGGAAUUGUCUCAUAAAGGGUACCAAUUUUUGACCCAUAUAUUCGAAAGGUUUGAUAAAGACCGCGACCAUGCGUUAUCACCCUCGGAAUACACUGAACUUUUCUCGACUUGUCCGACUCCUGCGUGGCCCCCUGAUGUAAGUGCAAUGGUAUCAACCAACGAAAAAGGUUGGAUCACAUAUCAGGGUUAUAUGUGUCAAUGGGCUCUAAUGACUCUAGUAGACCUCCCAAGAACUUUCGAGUAUUUAGCUUAUUUAGGUUACAACAUAUAUGAGAAUGAAAGUCAAGUAACGGCUGUACAAGUCACGAGAGAAAAGAAAAUCGACUUGGCGAAAAAACAGUCGAGCAGAAAUGUGUAUCAGUGUCACGUGAUUGGUCCAAUGGGCGCGGGAAAGUCGAGUUUUUGUCGGAGUUUUAUUAGGUCGCCUACUGAACAAAAAAGUCCUCACUUGGAAAAUACAGGAACGCCCACUUGUACAGUUAAUGUCGUACAGGUCUACGGUCAAGAAAAAAUAAUGGUGCUACGUGACAUUAAUGUGAGGAACGUGUCUGACCCUUUAUUGCCUCAUGAGGUCCAAUGUGAUGUCGCUUGUUUGGUCUAUGACAACAACAAUCCCAAGUCGUUUGAAUAUAUCGCACGUAUUUAUAUUAAAUAUUUUGCCGAGAGUAAAAUACCAGUUCUGGUAGUCGCGUGUAAAAGCGAUUUGGAAGAAGUAAAACAAGAGUAUUUAUUACAACCGCUCACGUUUUGUCAAAAAUAUAAAAUACUGCCACCUCAGAAUUUUUCAGUUAAAGGUCACAUGAGGAAGGAUGUUUUUGUAAAGUUGGCUACAAUGGCUGCUUUCCCUCCUUUACGCCGCAUGGUUCAUAUGUUACUGUUGCGCCCACAACCAUCAGAAUGGUUUAAUCAGUUUUACAGGAAUUUGCGAGAAUUCGGAAUACUUCCUACAGAUACGAGGACGUGGUGGAAGGCGGGAUUAAGUUUAGCGGCAGUUACGGCAGUCGGUUUAAUUGUCGCGAAGGUUUUGCAUAGUUCUGAUAAAGUCAGAUAGUUUGAAAAUCACGGAUAUAUUCUUGUACCAAAUAAAGUCGUGAAUGAUCAGUGAAGUAUUUUAUUUAUUUCAGUUUUUAUGAGGUUAAAAAAUCAGAAUUAGUUGAAACAGUGUGCGUAGAUUUAUCUUUGAAGUACAAAAUUGUAUUCAUUCAAAUUGUGCAAUUUUUCUCGAGUCAGAGUUUUUUUGUGAUUCAGUAUUGAUCUUAGUAAAGCCAAGACUGUAAAUAAAACAAAGUGUAUUUUUUGUAGUUUUAGCGGUAAGGUUUUAAUAUUUUCUCUUGUUUUUUAGAUAGUGUAACUAAUGUAUUGUCUUUUAAAUAAAAGUAAAGGCUUCCACCUACUUACUGGGAUUGAAUAAAAUCACUUUUUAUAAA